AAAAAAUGCAAACGCGUAGGGGAAUUGAUGCGAGAAACGGCUAGGGAUCUUUCGGCUAGCUCCCAAUGUGAUGGGUUCGCGUCUUUUUUUAAGGGGAAUUGAUGCACCUGACAGACCAUAGGCAUGCAGCCGCAGUAGUACGCAGCUGCUCACGUACUUUGGUCUCUUGAGCGAUCACCAUAAAACCAACACCAACCCUCGCCCUCAUCUUCUCACACUCACAAAACUAAACUGAAUAUUUUCUCUAGCUCACUGCACAGCUCAGUCUCGCGACGGACGUCGUCAUGGCCGCGCCGCAUGGCAUGCAUGGCGUCGCCGCGGCGGCGCCGGACGCCACCAUCCGCCUCUUCGGCCGCGACGUCGUCUCCAACGACGACGCUGUCGUCGUCGUCGUCGACGGCCAGCUGCCCAAGGAGGAGGCGGAGGAGGAGGCAGGCGGCGGCGCGGCGGCGGCGGCGGGGGAGACGAGGAGGUUCGAGUGCCACUACUGCCGCCGCAACUUCCCGACGUCGCAGGCGCUGGGCGGCCACCAGAACGCGCACAAGCGGGAGCGCCAGCACGCGCGGCGCGCGCACCUCGAGGCCUCCCUCGCCGCCGCGCACUACCUCGGCCAGUCCGCCCACCUCGUCUACGGCGGCGCCGCCCUCUUCGGCUACGGCGGCCACGCCGCCGCCGUGUCGCCGCAGUACGGCCCGGUGUGGGCGAGCUCCGCCGUGGCGCCGCCGGGGCUGUACGCCACCUCCAUGGGCAUGGCGCGGCCUGCAGCCUACGGCGCCGGCGUGGACGUGUCCGCGCUGUGGAGAGCCUCGUCGUCGUCGUCGUCGUCGCCGCCGAUGAUGGGGAGUGGUGGUGGUGGUGCUUUUGGUACGGUGGCCGGCGGCGGUCGGCACGGCGAGGCAGCGGCGGCGGCGUUGGUGGGGUGUCGAGCCGGUAAGGAUGAGAACGUGGUGAUGAGCGUUGUGACGUCACUGCCUUCGCUGCCGUCGUGGCAGCUGCCGGCGCCGGAGAAGAUGGGUAGGUCUGAGCUGGGUCAGGAGGCCGGGGUUGUGAGCUUGGAACUCCGUUUGUAGUUCUUCAAUUAACUUGCUUUUAUUAGGUUAAUUGCCACGGUCUCGAUCAUUUUCAUAGCAAGGGUUUUAAUUUCUUUGAUUUGAUUUGCUUCUUGUCAUGUGUUAGUGUGCGGCUUUUGUCACAAUUACUGAAUGUAUAAUGCUUACUUUUAUCUGUUUUUUGAGGUAAAGAAUUCGAAGCUAUUUUGUUUUAAAUUUUAGCUAAACCUAAUUACAUCUUGCAUUUGUUCUCGCAUUUGCUAUGUGCCGAAGGGCUGAGAUUCUGAGAAUA